AUCCGGAACCAGUUGGUGGAGCAGUUCCGUUGUCUUGAGCAGCAGUCGGAGUCCCGGCUACAGCUUCUGCAGGACCUGCAGGACUUCUUCCGCCGCAAGGCCGAGCUGCAGCUGGAGUACUCCAGAGGCCUGGACAAACUGGCCGAGCGCUUCUCCGCCAAGAUACGCACCUCCAGGGAACAUCAGCACUUUAAGUGAGUAUUGUUGUGUUGUGUGUGUGUGUCUGUCUGUCUGGUAACCCUGUAAUUGUGCUAUUAUCGUAUCAUAGGACUGUAUAAUAAACAACAAUGAUAUAUACUGAACAAAAAUAUAAACGCAACAUGUAAAGUGUUGGUCCCAUGUUUCAUGAGCUGAAAUAAAAGAUCCCAGAAAUUUUCCAUAUGCAGAAAAAGCAUAUUUUUCUCACAUUUUGUGCACAAAUUUGUUUACAUCCCUGUUAGUGAGCAUUUCCUUUGCCAAGAUAAUCCAUACACCUGACAGGUGUGGCAUAUCAAGAAGCUGAUUAAGCAGCAUGAUCAUUACACAGGUGCACCUUGUGCUGGGGACAAUUAAAGGCCACUCUAAAAUGUGCAGUUUUGUCACAUAACACAAUGCCACAGAUGUCUCAAGUUUUAAAGGAGUGCGCAAUUGGCAUGCUGACUGCAGGAAUGUCCAACAGAGCUGUUGCCAGAUCAUUUCAUGUUCAUUUCUCUACCAUAAGCCGCCUCUAACAUCGUUUUCGAGAAUUUGGCAGUAUGUCCAACCGGCCUUACAACCGCAACCACAGCCCAGGACCUCCACAUCCGGCUUCUUCACCUGCGGGAUCGUCUGAGACCAGCCACCCGGACAGCUGAUGAAACUGAGUAGUAUAUCUGUCUGUAAUAAAGCCCUUUUGUGGGGGAAAAACAAAUUCUGAUUGGCUGGGCCUGGCUCCCAAGUGAGUGGGCCUAUGCACACACACACACACACACACAAACACAGAGAGAGAGAGACACACACACACACACACACACACACACACACACAGAGAGACACACAAACACACACACACACACAGAGACAGACACACACACAGAGAGAGAGAGACACACGCGCACACACACACACACACACACACACACACAGUGAGAGCGAGAGAGACACACACAUACACACACACAGAGACACACAGAUAGACAGGCACACACACACACAGAGACACACACACACACACACAGAGACACACACACACACACACACACAGAGACACACACAGACACACACACAUCCUUAUGCACACUUGCUCUUGACUUGACUAUGCAUCUCCUAGCUUCCUCUAUGGUCAAUUGGUUUUAGUGGAAUCUAUAUAGAUGAGAUACAGUGUAGGCUACCAGAGAAUAAAUUGAUCAUUCUCUUUCUCUAUUCUCCUUCUCUAUUCUCCUUCUCUAUUCUCUAUUCUCCUCUCUCGACACCCCACUGUCCCAGUUGCACCAUCCUCACAUGAAAUGGUCAUCAUUAUUUCUGUCUUUCAAAGACGGGAUUCAGAACUCAUUGAGUGCUGCACUCACUUGGCUGCUGGAAUCUCCAUGUUUAAUAAUUCCAUCCAUGCCUCCCUCGCUCCAGAGCUCGCUCGCUCUCUCUCUCUUUUUAUUUCCUCACCCUCAGUGGCCCUCCUUCCCUUUUUAUCAGUUUUGAUCUUUUCAGGUUUUCAUUUCAGUGUCAAACUCAAUAAAAGAAGAGGCACACGACAAACAGAAAAAAGUUAAGUUGCUCAAGAAGAAUGUAUGCAUGGAGAAAAGGGUCAUUAUAAACAGGGUGGUUCGAGCCCUGAAUGCUUAUUGGCUGAAAGCUGUGGUAUAUCAGACCCUAUACCAUGGGUAUGACAAAAUAUAUAUUUUUACUGCUCUAAUUAUGUUUGUAAUCAGUUUAUAAUAGCAAUAAGGCACCCCGGGGGUUUGUGAUAUAUGGUCAAUAUAUCACGGCUAAGGGCUGUGUCCUAGCACUCCGUGUUGAGUCGUCCCUAAGAACAGCCCUUAGCCGUGGUAUAUUGGCCAUAUACCACACCCCCUCGGACCUUAUUGCUUAAUUAUACCAUCUCUAGUUCCGUGCAGUACCAACUGUCCUGUCCUACAGUGCAGAUCACUGCAGUGUUGCUCCCCUACUAGUAGUGGUCUGUUAUCUGCGAUGGACAGCUCAGAGACAGCUUUUACAGUAUAUAACCUCUAUAAGAACUUCUUAGACUCUGUAAUUCUGCCAAGAUAGUUUACUUUUGAUUCAGUGCAGAGCUACUUGCUGGGUCGGGCCCCAAUUGAGUUCCUGGAUCAAUCAUUCACAUCCUCCACCACAGAUAUUAAGCUAUGGGGACAUUUUAUUAAAGGAUGCUGAAUAAAAAGGAAGGAGCUGACGAGAGCCCCAGAGGUGUGGACUGUGGAGUAGCCUACGCUACCUGGAGCAACAUAUUAAAGCUAGUCUCUUUUAACUCUCCAAGCCAGGAACUUCUUUCCUUAUUCUUUUUAUUCUUUGUUUUGACAUCUUUUCCCUUGUCGGGUUGGAAAGAGAGAGAGCCCCCAGAGUGGGAAAGACUUUGAGCAGGGUUGGAAUCAAUUUGAAAUUGAAGGCAGUCAAUUCAGGAAGUUAAAAAAAAAAACGUUUUUUCAAUCACUUCUCCAUAAACUGAAAAGUAAACGCUAUUUUUUAUUUAUGUGUGUAUAUAUAUAUUAUACAGUGCUAUGAAAAAGUAUUUGCCCCCUUUCUAAUUUUCACUACUUUUGCAUAUUUUGUGAUACUGAAUGUUAUCAGAUCUUCAACCAAAACCUAAUAUUAGAUAAAGGGAACAUAAGUGAACAAAUAACACAACAAUUACAUAUUUAUUUCAAAAACUAAGUUAUGCAACACCCAAUUCCCCUGUGUGAAAAGUAAUUGCCCCCUUACACUCAAUAACUGGUUGUGCCACCUUUAGCUGCAAUGACUCCAACCAAAUGCUUCCUGUAGUUGUUGAUCAGUCUCUCACGUCACUGUGGAGGAAUUUUGGCCCACUCUUCCAUGCAGAACUGCUUUAACUCAGUGACGUGUGGGUUUUCAUUUACAUUACAUUUACGUCAUUUAGCAGACACUCUUAUCCAUAGCGACUUACAAAUUGGUGCAUUCACCCUAUAGCCAGUGGGAUAACCACUUUACCAUUUUUUAAAUAUUUUAUUUUAUUGUUUUUAUAUUUUUUAAAUAAUUUUUUCAUAUUGUAUUUUGUUUCUUUAUUUUUUUUAUAUUUUAUAUUUAUUUUUAUUUAUUUUUUUCAUUUUAUUUUAUUUUAUUGGGGGGGGGGGGGGGGGGGGGGGGGGUAGAAGGAUUACUUUAUCCUAUCCCAGGUAUUCCUUAAAGAGGUGGGGUUUCAAAUGUCUCCGGAAGGUGGUGAGUGACUCCGCUGUCCUGGCGUCGUGAGGGAGCUUGUUCCACCAUUGGGGUGCCAGAGCAGCGAACAGUUUUGACUGGGCUGAGCGGGAACUAUGCUUCCGCAGAGGAAGGGGAGCCAGCAGGCCAGAGGUGGAUGAACGCAAUGCCCUCGUUUGGGUGUAGGGACUGAUCAGAGCCUGAAGGUACGGAGGUGCCGUUCCCCUCACUGCUCCAUAGGCAAGCACCAUGGUCUUGUAAUGGAUGCGAGCUUCAACUGGAAGCCAGUGGAGUGUGCGGAGGAGGGGGGUGACGUGAGAGAACUUGGGAAGGUUGAACACCAGACGGGCUGCGGCAUUCUGGAUGAGUUGUAGGGGUUUAAUGGCACAGGCAGGGAGCCCAGCCAACAGCGAGUUGCAGUAAUCCAGACGGGAGAUGACAAGUGCCUGGAUUAGGACCUGUGCCGCUUCCUGUGUAAGGCAGGGUCGUACUCUCCGAAUGUUGUAGAGCAUGAACCUGCAGGAUCGGGUCACCGCCUUGAUGUUAGCGGAGAACGACAGGGUGUUGUCCAGGGUAGAUGCCCAGCUCGGAGAGGGUGGAGAGGAGGAUCUGAUGGUUCACAGUAUCAAAGGCAGCAGACAGGUCUAGAAGGACAAGAGCAGAGGAGAGAGAGUUAGCUUUAGCAGUGCGGAGAGCCUCCGUGACACAGAGAAGAGCAGUCUCAGUUGAAUGACCAGUCCUGAAACCUGACUGGUUUGGAUCAAGAAGGUCAUUCUGAGGGAGAUGGCAAGAGAGUUGGCUAAAGACGGCACGCUCAAUAGUUUUGGAAAGAAAAUAAAGAAGGGAUACUGGGGACACAGGGAGUCAAAGGAUGCAGAAAGGGAGGAGAGGAGGGUUGAGGAGGCAGAAUCAGGAGAUUGGAGGGAGAAGGAUUGAGCAGAGGGAAGAGAUGAUAGGAUGGAAGAGGAGAGAGUAGUGGGAGAGAGAGAGCGAAGGUUGCGGCGGCGCGUUACCAUCUGUGUAGGGGCAGAGUGAGUAGUGUUGGAGGAGAGCGAGAGAGAAAAGGAUACAAAGUAGUGGUCGGAGACAUGGAGGGGAGUUGCAGUGAGAUUAGUAGAAGAGCAACAUCUAGUAAAGAUGAAGUCAAGCGUAUUGCCUGCCUUGUGAGUAGGGGGGGACGGUGAGAGGGUGAGGUCAAAAGAGGAGAGGAGUGGAAAGAAGGAGGCAGAGAGAAAUGAGUCAAAUGUAGACGUAGGGAGGUGGAAAUCCCCCAAAACUGUGAAGGGUGAGCCAUCCUCAGGAAAGGAACUUAUCAAGGCGUCAAGCUCAUUGAUGAACUCUCCAAGGGAACCUGGAGGACGAUAGAUGACAAGGAUAUUAAGCUUAAAUGGGCUAGUGACUGUGACAGCGUGGAAUUCAAAUGAGGAGAUAGACAGAUGGGUUAGGGGAAAAAUUGAGAAUGACCACUUGGGAGAGAUGAGGAUUCCUGUGCCACCACCCCUCUGACCAGAUGCUCUCGGGGUAUGCGAGAACACAUGGUCAGACGAGGAGAGAGCAGUAGGAGUAGCAGUGUUUUCAGUGGUAAUCCAUGUUUCCGUCAGCGCCAGGAAGUCGAGGGACUGGAGGGUAGCAUAGGCUGGGAUGAAGUCAGCCUUGUUGGCAGCAGAACGGCAGUUCCAGAGGCUGCCUGAGACCUGGAACUCCAGGUGUGUGGUGCGUGCAGGGACCACCAGGUUAGAGAGGCAGCAGCCACGCGGUGUGAGGCGUUUGUGUAGCCUGUGCGGAGAGGAGAGAACAGGGAUAGGCAGAGGCAUAGUUGACAGGCUGUAGCAGAUGGCUACAAUAAUGCAGAGGAGAUCGGAAUGAAAUGAACUAAACAUCUGGGAAAGGAGAGAGCAGGGCCUCCCUCACCAAAAAAAUACAACUCUCCCAACUUCCACCUCAGAAACUAUAAUUCUUUCACUGAACCACCCGAAUAAAACUCUCCCAACUUCCACUUUAGAAAUUAGAAUUGUUGUAAACUACAGCGGUUCAAUGUUUCAAGGAAUAGACUCAACUUACUUUAUUCAGCUAGCUAACUAUGACGCCAUAGCUAACUAGCAUGCUAGCAUCCAAUAACACACAGUUUAGCACCAAUACUUGGUUACAACAAACUACCAAUAGUGUGUUAACACACUAAACAGAUAAUUCGUGUCCGUGUCUAGUUCUUUCAUAACGCAGCAAUAAUUAAACGUUGGCUAGCUAGCACAAAGAUAUUGUAUUUAGCUACUACAGUACAGCUAGCUGGUAGUGUUGGCUAGCUAGCAAUGGCUGCUGUGUUGACUUUGUUUGAAAAACGGCGUCGCUGCGAACAAAUGUAGCUGGCUAAAAGGAUAUUGUAUUUAGUUGCUACCGUUGCUAAUAGCUACUCGCCAGCUAGUCCAGGAGGUGAGUUAGCUAGCUAGCUUCGUGCUACACCCGGCACCGUCGAAUACAAAAGUAACCUACAAUAACUACAUACAACAACUACCCACAACAGCCCACGAUGCCUACCUAUAAUACCUAAUAAUAUACAGCCCACGAUGCCUACCUAUAAUACCUAACUACAAUCUAAAUACAUAGUUUAAGCCUUACUCGACAAAGCCCAAGCUAUGUAUAAAGCCAAACUUACCCGACGCCAGCUGUCUGGGUGGCAGACUGCAAUCAGUAGCUGUAAUUAAGUACAGCAGCUACCAACCACCUAACGUUAAUGCCUCGGAUAAUGAGGUUAGAAAAACAGCUGAAUGGUAGGCAGCUAGCUGGCUCAAUCACAGGUACUCUUAAGCGUGAAAUAACAUUGGAAACAACUAACCACAGUUGCUAAAAGUUACCAGUAGCUACCUGCUAGCUAGCUAGCUUUGUUGGUCCAAGUAGUGGGUUAGCUAGCCUCGUGCUUCGCCGGGGUCCGCCGAAUACAAUGCAUGAAACAAGCAUGAACUGCUCGUUUCAAGUCCUGCCACAACAUCUCAAUUGGGAUUAGGUCUGGCCUUUGACUAGGCCAUUCCAAAACUUCCAAUUUGUUGCUUUUUAGCAAUUUUCAUGUAGACUUGAUUGUGUGUUUUGGAUCAUUGUCUUGCUGCAUGACCCAGCUGCGCUUCAGCUUCAGCUCACAGACAGAUGGUCUGACAUUCUCCUGUAGAAUUCUCUGAUACAGAGCAGAAUUCAUGGUUCCUUCUAUUAAGGCAAGUCGUCCAGGUCCUGAGGCAGCAAAGCAUCCCCAAACCAUCACACCACCACCACCAUGCUUGACCUUUGGUAUGAUGUUCUUACUGUGGAAUGCAGAGUUUGGUUUUCGCCAGGCAUUACUGGAACCAUGUCGUCCAAAAAGUUAUACUUUUGAAUCAUCUGUCCAUAGAACGUUCUUCCAAGAGUCUUGAUGAUCAUCCAGGUGCUUUUUGGCAAACUUGAGUCAACUUUUUGAACUACCGUUCAAAAGUUUGGGGUCACUUAGAAAUGUCCUUGUUUUCGAAAGAAAAGCAAUUUUUUUGUCCAUUACAAUAACAUCAAAUUGAUCAGGAAUACCGUGUAGACAUUGUUAAUGUUGUAAAUGGCUAUUGUAGCUGGAAACGGCUGAUAUUUAAUGGAAUAUCUACAGUUGAAGUGGGAAGUUUACAUACACUUAGGUUGGAGUCAUUAAAACUUGUUUUUCAACGACUCCACAAAUUUCUUGUUAACAAACUAUAGUUUUGGCAAGUAAUUUUUCCAACAAUUGUUUACAGACAGAUUAUUUCACUUAUAAUUCACUGUAUCACAAUUCCAGUGGGUCGGAAGUUUACAUACACUAAGUUCACUGUGCCUUUAAACAGCUUGGAAAAUUCUAGAAAAUGAUGUCAUGGCUUUAGAAGCUUCUGAUAGGCUAAUUGACAUCAUUUGAGUCAAUUGGAGGUGGACCUGUGGAUGUAUUUCAAGGCCUACCUUCAAACUCAGUGCCUCUUCGCUUGACAUCAUGGGAAAUCAAAAGAAAUCAUAUAUAAAUAAAUAUAUAUAUAUUUAUUUAUUAUUAUUAUUAUUGCAUUUUAAAUUCAAAUCACUUCCUGAAUUGACUGCUUUCAAUUGGAUUUGACCCCAACCCUGACUUGGAGAGACUCUGCUCCUUUAGAAGUCUCUGAUAUUUAUUAUGAUGUGUCAGUAAGAACCUCGACCUAUACACUAUCUUUUCAUUAUAACAAUUACAUCGCAUUAAAGAAACGGGCUAACCGUGGUGUAGCGCUAUAUGACUGGAUGUUAGCGUGCUGUUGUUGUUGUGCAGACUCAUCCUAAGUCACUUGUUCAUUACUCAACCUGUGGUUAUUGAUGCGUUUGUAGAUAAGACUGUAGGUUCCUUAUCACAUAGGCUUUUUAUUGUGAUAUGCAGAGAGGUGCAUGCUUAGCAAAAUAUCAUAGUAUAAAAGAUAACUCCCCUCACACAAUGUUACUUCAGUCAGCAAGCUAAGCAGAAGACACCUAUCUGGCCGUGUGUGAAGUUCUAUAAGGAGAGGUGCGCGCUCAGCCAAAGAUGCCUAUCUGACUGUGAUGGUGAGACUUCGUUUCCUUCUUUCAGCGUGUGCUACUUUCUUUUCCUCCUCUAAAGGAAAUGAACAGAAUGUGAAACGUUUAUCUCAUCUCCACAUCCAAGCUUCAUCUCACCUACAGGCUUUCAUUUAACAACACCUCACUUUCUCUGCUGUUAAUUUCCACACUAGUAUCUGCUAAACUACAGAUUCCAAUAGCUAAACGAUAGUGACGGCAAACAAUAAUAUUGGUUAAAUUAACCGAUUUCAACGGCUGUUAUUUCCAGGAAGGACCAGAACCUGCUGUCGACAGUGAACUGUUGGUACCUGGUUCUGAACCAGACAAGGAGAGAGAGCAGAGACCAUGCUACCCUCAGCGACCUCUACAACAACAACGUCAUCUUCCGCCUGGCACACGUCGGAGAGGAUGUCAUCAGACUCUUCAAAAAGGUCAGAGAGAUG